CAGGAGGUUAUUGAUAGCAGUAUGCUAGCAGAGGCUAGCGUUGUCACAAGGAUUCAUGAACUACAUUUACCACAUAUAUUUGACUUUAAUUGAGACUUAGUCAUGUCUCAGGUGGAGAAGAAGGCAGGGCUGCUGAGGAGGACGUCGUCCUCUAAGAAACCCUUGAAAGAGAAGGUGGUGCUGAUGUAUGAUGAGAUUUUUGCAAAAGAAGACCCAGCCAAAAACAACCCUCGCUUCUGGGAUGAGCUGUUUCUUAUGAAGGUGAACCUGGAGUACCUGGAGUCAAAGUUGGAGAGUGUUGACGGGGAGGAGGUUCAGCGGAUCCAGGACAACAUCAACUCUCUGUUCCAUCACUGUGUUCAGGCUCUAGGAGAGGAGCACCAGAUCAAAGUGGUCAAUGCCCUGCAGACUCUCUGUGCACUUUUCCGGGGGGUUCACCAGAAGAACAAGUCUGCGUCUGGCUUUGACAUCAUCAACAUGCUCAUGGGGUUUGACAAGGCUGAGCAAAGGAUGAAGGACCUGAUGGAAAGACUGGACACCCUACUUUGUGGAGAUGGUUCAGAGAGUCUGAAGAGUCUUUGCCUCAAACUACUGCUGUGUCUGGUGACGGUGACAGACAAUAUUAGUCAGAACACCAUCCUGGAAUAUGUGAUGAUCAACAGCAUCUUUGAAGCCAUUCUGCAGAUUCUGUCAGAUGUGUCCAGUAGAGGGCAGCAUGGUUAUGAUGCUGUAGUCCUCUUGGCCCUGCUGGUCAACUACAGGAAAUAUGAGUCUGUGAAUCCAUACAUUGUGAAGCUCUCCAUUGUGGAUGACGAGCCAACACUAGAUGGAAUGGGUGUGGUUGUCCACCAAGCUCUGACAGAAUAUAACAGGCAGUACAAAGACAAAGAGGAGGAGAACCAGGGUGGCUUCUUCUCUACCCUCACCAGUAUGGUGGGCAGCAUGUUUAUCGCAGAUGCUGAUGAGAAACUCUCUGUGCAGACAAAUGAGGCGAUUCUGCUGGCACUCUAUGAGGCUGUGCACCUUAACCGCAACUUCAUCACUGUAUUAGCACAGAGCCACCCUGAGAUUGACAUUGCAGCCACACCUACCACCCCUACUCCAACCACACCUACACCACUUGGCACAACGCCGCCCUCCCUAGACAUGAUGAACAACCCAGAACUGCCUCUGGAUCCCAACCUGCAGACUAGCAACCUUCUCAUCACUUUCCUCAAGUAUGCCUCCAUUGUAAUGCAGGACACAAAAGAUGAGCAUCGACUCAACAGUGCCAGACUGUGCCUAAUCAUCCUCACGUGCAUAGCCGAGGACCAGUACGCUGAUGCCUUUCUCCAUGAUGACAACAUGAACUUCAGAGUCAAUCUCCACAGGAUGCCCAUGAGGCACAGAAAAAAAGCCAUGGACAAGAACAUCCCUUCACGGCCGCUGGUGUGUGCUGUUCUAGAUCUGAUGGUGGAGUUUAUUGUCACUCAUAUGAUGAAGGAUUUCCCCAUGGAUUUAUACUUGCGCUGUGUGCAGAUCAUCCACAAACUCCUGUGUUACCAGAAGAAGUGCAGAAUCAGGUUACACUACACGUGGAGAGAGCUCUGGUCAGCUCUCAUCAACCUGCUCAAGUUCCUGCUGUCAAAUGAGACCACACUGCUGGCCAAGCACAACAUCUUUCAUCUGGCCUUACUGGUAGUGAACCUGUUCAACAUGUUCAUAACAUAUGGCGACACAUUCCUGCCCACCUCUAACAGCUAUGAUGAGCUGUACUAUGAAAUCGUACGAAUGCACCAGGUCUUUGACAACCUCUACUGUAUGGUUCUGCGAGUAUCAACCAACACGGGCCAGUGGAAGGAGGCAGCCAGCAAAGUUACACAUGCCCUUGUCAAUGUUCGGGCCAUCAUCAACCAUUUUAACCCCAAGAUUGAGUCGUACGCUGCUGUGAACCACAUCUCCCAGCUGUCAGAAGAACAGGUGUUGGAGGUGGUUCGGUCCAACUAUGACACACUGACGCUCAAACUGCAAGAUGGUUUGGACCAGUUUGAGAGAUACUCGGAGCAGCCCAAAGAGGCUGCUUUCUUCAAGGAGCUGGUGCGCUCCAUCAGUCUAAAUGUGAGGAAGAACGUCUCUCUGAACACGCUGAGUCAGGACAUCCUGCUCAAAGAGUUCUCCACCAUCUCCUGAGACACACACACACACACACACAGACACACACACACAUACACACAGACACACACACAUACACACACACAUACACACACACACACAUACACACACACACACACACACACACACCCAGCCUCCUCCUCCCUUCAGAUGGGCAUACACAGUACAUUUUUGUGCGUGUGGACACAUACACAUACUUCUACAUAUACUGUACAAUUCAAACACCAAACCAGUACAAUCCUCCAUUGUUUUUUCCACGAGUCGUCUUAAUUCCUCAUCCUCUGUCCCUCCUGUGAACUCAGCGAUGGAAACAGACUCAUUCAGGCUGGAUGCACCUUAAAGAAAGACCUGAAAACUCUCCAGACUCGCUCCCUUCAUGGUCGUUUGUGAGUGAUAUCAUAAAGGAAGUGCCCAUGUUACACUGGUUCUCCGUGUGCAAUCUGCAGUAUUGGCUGGACUGUUAACUGACACAUGAAAGUUUGGAUUUGACGUAGUGUAUUCAGUUGUUCUUAACCUCGUGACCCUUGAGCCUGUUUAAGUUUGAAUCUUCCAGUCAGUCCUCUUUGAUUAGAGCAUUAAGUCUUUGUGUGCGGCUGCUUGUGUGAACGUUAAUUCUCUACGUGUUCGAAACAAGUAUUUUCUCUUUACAUGUUUGGGAUAGGACAUGUUGAGCAACAUUCACUGCUGUUUGUCGCACAAGUCCUUUUUCCAUUCAUCGAACAAAUAAAUCUGAAUGUGUUGAGGGGAAUGGUUAUUUUAGUAGGAAAACAGUUGAUGGUGAGACAUCAUACAGGGGAUUAUUGCUGGUGAUUCUCUGGCGCAGGAGGUCAGUUUUGUGAAGGAAAAAAAAAAGAUUCAUACAUUCAACCUUUUGAACUCAUCCAGGCUCUCAGAACGUUUGAAACGAUCAUUUUUAGACUGGAAGCAGAACUGAAUUAUGCAAUUUCUUCAAGUGUAGGGUCUUGUUUCUUUCAUCUCUAACGCCUGUAGGUAUAUUUAUGUUUCUUUUUUAAAUAAAGGUUUGUUUCCUACUACUCAA